AGGAAUGUGCCCGCUAGCCCUCGGUGCUUCCCCCCUGGGGGGAGGCAUCGUGAGGGACUGUAGCUGGCUCCACUGAAUGCCGAGCCGCGAAGGUCCAACUCCACGUAUGGAUCUAGGGAAUGGGAAUUCAGCCACAGAGGCUGCCGCGAUCAUAGACCUCGAUCCCGACUUCGAACCCCAGAGCCGUCCCCGCUCCAGCACCUGGCCCCUUCCCCGACCAGAGCUCGCUACAGAGCCACCCGACCCGCCCGAGGUGGAGCCAGUUCUAGGAGAGAAGGUACACACGGAGGGGCGCUCAGACCCGAUCCUGUUGCCCUCCCGGCUCCCAGAGCCGGCAGUGGGGCCCCAGCCUGGGAUCCUGGGGGCUGUAACAGGUCCUCGGAAGGGAGGCUCCCGCCGGAAUGCCUGGGGAAAUCAGUCAUAUGCAGAACUCAUCAGCCAGGCCAUUGAAAGCGCCCCCGAGAAGCGACUGACACUCGCCCAGAUCUAUGAGUGGAUGGUCCGCACUGUUCCGUACUUCAAGGACAAGGGUGACAGCAACAGCUCAGCAGGAUGGAAGAAUUCGAUCCGCCACAACCUAUCCCUGCACAGCAAGUUCAUCAAGGUUCACAACGAAGCCACUGGCAAGAGCUCUUGGUGGAUGCUGAAUCCUGAGGGAGGCAAGAAUGGCAAAGCACCCCGCCGCCGGGCAGCCUCCAUGGAUAGCAGCAGCAAGCUGCUCCGAGGCCGCAGCAAGGUCCCCAAGAAGAAACCAACUGUGCUGCCAGCUCCACUUGAAGGUGCCACUCCAACAAGCCCUCUUGGCCACUUUGCCAAGUGGUCAGGAAGCCCUUGCUCUAGAAACCGUGAAGAAGCCGAUGUGUGGACCACCUUCCGUCCACGAAGCAGUUCCAAUGCCAGCACUGUCAGCACAAGGCUGUCCCCAGUAAGGCCAGAGCCUGAGGUGCUGGCAGAGGAGGAAAUACCAGCCUCAGUCAGCAACUAUGCAGGGGGUGUCCCUCCUACCCUAAAUGAAGAUCUAGAGUUGUUAGAUGGGCUCAAUCUCUCAUCUUCCCAUUCCCUGCUGUCUCGAAAUAGUCUCUCUGGCUUCUCUUUGCAGCAUCCUGGGGUUACUGGCCCCUUACAUACCUACAGCACCUCCCUCUUCAGCCCAGCAGAGGGGCCCCUGUCAGCAGGAGAAGGGUGCUUCUCAAGCUCCCAGUCUCUGGAGGCCCUGCUCACCUCUGAUACACCACUACCCCCUGCUGAUGUCCUCAUGACCCAGGUAGAUCCUAUCCUGUCCCAGGCUCCAACACUUCUGUUGCUGGGGGGGAUAACUUCCUCCAGUAAGCUAGCCACAGGAGUCAGCUUAUACCCCAAACCCCUAGAGGCUCCAGGCCCCAGCAGUCUGGUGCCCUCCCUUUCUACGAUAGCACCACCUCCAGCCAUGGCGGGUGCUCCCAUCCCCAAGACCCUAGGUACUCCUUUGCUCACACCCCCUACUGAAGCUGCAAGCCAAGACAGAAUGCCUCAGGAUCUAGAUCUUGAUAUGUAUAUGGAGAACCUGGAGUGUGACAUGGAUAACAUCAUCAGUGACCUCAUGGAUGGGGGCGAGGGACUGGACUUCAACUUUGAGCCAGAUCCCUGAAGCAUGGCUGGAAGCUUUCUCCUUUGCUUCAGAGGUGGAGCUAGGCUGUCCAUAUCCACUCCUUACCCUUGACCCCCUCCCCAGGAUUUGGUACCCUGCUUUAGAGCUAGGGUGGGGUCUGGUCACUUGUGGGAGUUAAGGAAACUAUGAAGAUAAAAGCUGCCCCAUAUGGGGACUAUGGGAGGGAG